AUGCAUUCCCUCGUACACCCAAAUGCUUGGGUCUGUUUGCGAUUACCUUCCGAUACUCUCAAGAUCAUCCAAGUAGUCCCUAAUACUAUUGUCUCCUUAGGAAAAUAUGGCACAUUCUCCUCCAAUCUCAUAAUCGAACGUCCCUACAACCUAACCUACGAGCUCCUCGACCGAAAACCUGGUCACAAAGACUCAGAACUACGAAUUGUCUCCGCAGCAGAACUCCAUGAAGAUACAAUCGCAGAAGAGGAAGCUGCCAAGAAUCCUAAUGGCUCUGACGACAAGAUCACAAUUGGUGGAGAUGGGGUGGAGUUCCAGCUGGUAGGUGAAAAUGGAGAGGUCAUCAUGCGCUCCAAUCGAGAGACCAUCGAUGACUCUGCGCGACAAACUUUGACUAUGGAAGAGAUUGAAGAGUUGAAGAGAGAAGGAACUGGAGCCGGGAAAGACUUGAUUGCGAAACUGAUGGCAAGUCAUCUUGGACUUGAUCAGAAGACAGCAUUCAGUUUGGCCAAAUACAAGCUUCUAAAAACGAAGAAGUACUUGAGACGCUUCACGAUAUUGCCAGUAGAUGUCCCAAUGUUGGGCAAUUGGAUGAUGGAAGAGAAAGACGCUAGCAAGAUCUUGGAGAUGAGACAGGAGAUGGUGGCUCUUCUUGGAAGUUGGAGUAAUGUCCAUUUCAGUGAGAUGCCAAUUGACGUGGGCACUGGAUGCGGAAGAUGGUUGGUAGUGGAUGAGACUGGUGGUCUUCUCGUUGCUUCUCUGGCAGAGCGGAUGGGCAUCCUAUAUCCAGAUCAAGAGGACGAAGCAGUUCCAGACAAUGAAGAAGAGACAUAUCGCCGAGUGGAACCACCAUUAGCCACGUCGAAUACAAUCACCCUCAUACACAACAACGCACAACCAAAUCUUGCCCUCCUAAAAUAUUUCUCAUACAAUCCUACCGACUCCUCAACAUCGCCAAAUCACCCGCUAUCAACACAUCUCCAUUCCCUCUCCUGGCUCCAGCUCCUAUCUCCCUCAAACGACUCUGUAUACAGUACCCCUAUCGAGCCCGUCUCCCCUGAAACACUCGCAUCCUACAGAUCCGGCAAACGAGCAACAUACUACCGCAAAUUGCGCCGUCACAACCGUAUCAGAACAAUAGUCGAUACCACGCUCUCAGGCUCUUUUUCUGGUCUUGCAAUAGCCUCACACAUGGAUCCUGUAGGAAUUCUCAAGCACACUAUUCCUCUCCUCCGCGGUGGAGCCCAGAUAGCAAUCUACAGCCCCACAAUUGAACCUCUCGUACAUCUAUCAGACGUAUAUAGCACGUCUCGUCGGACAGCAUUCGUUCAAGCUCCUCCUUCAAGUUUCACAGAGCUAGAAACUGAGAAUGAAAGAGUAAAAUGGCAAGGAGACGAGGACUUCCCAUUGAACCCAACACUAUUGUUGAACACGAAUGUUCAGAGCGCAAGAGUGAAAGAAUGGCAAGUCUUACCAGGCAGAACGCAUCCAAUCAUGACGGCAAAGGGUGGUGCAGAGGGAUAUCUCUUUACGGCUACGAGGGUCAUUCCUGCCGAAGGGAGAGUAGAGGCUAGAGGGAAAUUUGCAAGGAAGAGGGGUGUGGAGGUUAAGAGUGAGAUACAAAGUGAGGAUGGAGUAGAGGUGAAGAAUGAAAACGCUGCUCGGGUUGAAGGAGAGUCUACUUCUAAGCGGAUCAAGCUGGAAGAUGGGGCUUCCUUGAAUGGUACGAAUGGUGCCGUUGCAAACCUUGAGCAUGCCACAGAAGAAUCAAAGACAGACAUCUCAUGA